AUGGUGUUGAGCAGGCGGCCAGCGCAGCGGUGUGGUGCAACGGCGGCACUGGCGCCGCGCCGCCGCCACCAUGCCCUGGUCGCUGCCGCCGCCAGUAGCGACGGCGGCGGCCUGUUGGAGCAGGACGCCCUGGCCGCCGCCAGCAUCAGCCUGGACCAGACGCAGCUAGACCUGGCUGUGCAGCGCGCGGUGGAGCGGCUGCGGCAGGCGGGCCUGGGCAACGGCGGCGCUAGCGGCGGCAGCGGCGGCGGCGGCGACGUUGCGGGCGACCGCGCGCUGAGCCAGGCGAUCCACAGAGUGGUGGAGGAGGAAGUACACACGGCGUUCGAGUCAGAGCUGCAGGCAGUACAUACCGCCUUUGAGCAGGAAAUGGUGGCCACCAAGCAGACCGUGAAAGACGCUGUGGAUGCGGCGCUGCACGACGGAUCCAUGAAAUUUGAUGUGACGGCCAACGUCAACACUGUCAUGGCCAUCACCGCGGUCAUCGCAUACUGGCGCGGCGUGGGCGGCCUGCUGGACAUCCUUUUUGAGGACUCCCUCGAAGGGUAUGUCGCCUGUGUGGCCUUUGGCUGGCUCAUCAUCCUGCUCAUCAAGGUGCUGAAGCUCCCCGUGGUGGAGGGAAACAGCCUGGGCCUGUAG